UUAUACAAAGAUACAUUGUCUAAUUUAGAAUGAAAAAUUAAAAGAGCCUUUGUUUAAUGCUUUUAAAUGCUAAAGUAUUAAGUAGAAAAAUCUUCAAAACGUGGGAAACGUGUCGGUAAUGUUGGAAAUGACACUGGAAUUCUCCGAGAUGUGAGACAAUAGAAUAGACAGUUUUCUAGAUCUAUUCUGUGCUGCCCAUGUCACCUCAUCUAUGUUAGUACUAAUUAUAAAUACAAAAGUAUUAAUUUAAAUAUUAAAAUAUAUUCGGUAAAUAUUAUUUUUUAUACGCAGAUAAAUUAACUUCUUCCCGUAGAAAAACAUCGAAAGAUGUCAUUAUGUUCAUCUCCAUCACAUGGCGCCACCGUUGUCCAUAUAGUAAAAAAUUUAUGUGCAACUCAUGUAGAUAAAUUGCUAGAUUUGCAAAUAUUUAUCUCUGUACAACGAAACUCGAAAUAUUAGUGGUGCUGUUUAAAAUUAAACAUUUCGUUGGAAAUUCUUUCCUUCGGAAUGAUACGCGAGUGGAAUAUGUUAACGCUUAAUUCUUCACUGAUGCGAUUGGAUUUAUGAGGACCUACAAGACCUAAACGGUUACUGUUGCGCAUAUCAAAAGAUACGGUAGAGAAUGGCAGAAGACGAGAGGCAAAUUAGAGCGGCCGCAGAAACCUUGCUGAGUGAAUCUAUAAACUCCCACAGGAGUUUGUACACUCAACAAAAUGUAACGCGAACUCCGGAUAUCAUCCUUAGCGAGGAUCUUAUCGCGGGUGCCAUGCAUAACGGGAGGAUGUCCAACGUCAGACGCUUCUUUUGCCUCUUCGUCACCUUCGACCUCCUGCUUACUUUCCUCAUGUGGCUCAUUUGUACAAUGAUUGCCGGUGAGAGUUUGGAGUCCGCCUUCAUGAAUCAAGUAGUCCAUUAUCACAUAAAAACCUCACUCUUCGACAUAGUGAUGGCAGCGAUUUGCAGGUUUACCGUGUUGUUGCUCUUCUAUGCUCUGCUUCAUUUGGAUCAUUGUAUUAUCGUAGCUUUGACAACUGCCACGACAUGUGCAUUCUUAAUUGCUAAAGUGUUUCUUUUUGAUUGGUCGAUAUGCAACCAACCAGUAUUUCAAGUUCUUCUUAUCCUUACAUCUUUUGUAUUGCCUUGGGUGGAAGCUUGGUUCUUUGAUAUUCGUGUAUUACCUCAGGAAACACAAGCCAGAAGUUGGUUUAGAAAUUUUGCGGAUAAUGAAAGAGAACCGCUCCUCCGAGGAGUUGUUUCGGAAUCACGCCAGUAUACCAGUGAACCUGGUACGUUUUUUACACCUAUGGAUUCACCAGCUCAUUCUGACCACGAGGAUGAAAGUUUUAGAACACCAGGUAAUACUUGGGGCUUAUCAAAAGCAACUGAAGUAUUUCCACCUAAGUCUCUACCAAAACUCACGACAGAGAUGAUACAGGACUAUAAACGAAGAGCAAAUGCAUUAGUGCAAACUUGCCACGAUUUAUUGCAAUCUAAAGAUUGGCAAAUUCAAAAUAUAAUGUCAAAUGGUGAUAUUAUCUUUUAUAUAAACCGUCCUAAGGAAGGCAAAACAUUAAAGAUAGUAGGAACUAUUGAAGCUCCAGCUGGUAUACUCGUAAACAGAUUAUUCGACGAAAUUGAAUUAACACCGUCAUGGAAUAGACUUGUUACAGAAUCGAAAAAGUUACAGGACAUUGAUGAAAAUACAGAUAUUGUUUAUCAAGCCACAAGUGCCCAAGGAGGAGGCAUUAUUGGCGCUCGUGAUUUCGUUAUUUUAAGACAUCGUGUGCAGUACGGUAACUAUUAUAUAAAUAGUGGAAUGUCAGUGCCUUUUACGUCAUUACCAAAUCGCAGUAACGUCGUCAGAGCUGAGAACAAGCUAAGCUGUUGUGCAGCAGAACAAUUACCCAAUGACGAGAGUAAAUGUCGAUUUACGUGGAUAAUUAACACGAAUUUGAAAGGCUGGCUUCCACAAAAAGUUGUAGAUAAAUCAAUGUCUACUGCAUUGGUAGAUUUCAUGUCUUAUGUAAGGAAAUACAUGGAUGAUACGUAAGGAUCAACCGUUUAGUACAUUGUAGGUUUCGAUAUUCGAUCAGAAAACCACGGUCUUUCAUAAUCAUUCUCUGGAUUCACGUGAGUGAAGGAAUUUCGUUUUUUUUUUUAUAGCAUUUUUAACGUUCCGAAAGUAACGUAAUUGUUAAUAAAGUCAAAUAUGAUUUUCCUACAAUGUUUUCCAUAUGCACUAGUACAAACUAAAUGAAAAAUGUAGGAGUAUAUGAAUGUUUGUUUUGUGGAAUUAACAGACUGACAAAAGGACGGUAAAUGACUUUUUUCCAUAUUUCGUAUUUCCUAAUCAGAAAUUCAAGUGAAGAGAUACUUUUUAUAGAUGAAAUAUGUUUAAAAAAAUGAUUGAUGUCUUAUUUUCGAUACAUUUAUACAGGAUGUUAUCGAAGUAGUGGUAUAAGAGGAAAGAAAGUGAUUCUGCGCGAAAAAAGAUAUAGAACAAACAAAUAAUAUAAAAUAAAAAAAUUACGUUUCGUUUUUGAGAAAAUCGAGGUUGAAAAAAUGUCACUUUACAUUUUCGACUUAUUUUUUUAUAUACAUUCACUUCCUUUCGGCUUAUAUCACCAGUUUGGCAACACCCUGUAUCUUAAAUUAAUAGAGAAAUUAUACAUGCGUCUUGAGCAGGCGCCAUGUUUUGUAAUUACUUUUCAAUAUAUUAUGACUUAACUAUUAUAUUACUUAUUUAUAAGUUAUUCAAAAGCGACAUUAUUCAUAACAAAAUCUAAUCUUUUUACUUAUAAAUCGUCUAAAAUAUUGACGAUAUUUAUGACUUUUAACUUUCUGCUUUAUUUGUCUUGAUAAUUCUACUUUGCAUCUGUAAUUUUUAUUUGACUAUGUUGAAUUACGAAUGCAAAUUAUGUCUAAGUAAAAUCACUUUUGUUAUAAGAAUAUUAUUUCGAAAUAUUCAUUUAGUUAAUUACUUUAAAUCUUGAUACUUUUGUUAAAUUGCAGUGUAAAUAUACGAACAUAUACAGAUAUAUAGUGCUUUACACAAAUUCUUAUUUGCCUAUAUAUUUCAUGACGAUUAAUUAUAUUUACAAUACACGUUUAAUCAUGAUUCAUGCAUGAAUGUGGUUGACUAUGUUCAUCUUCAU